AUGGUUCAGCUUAGAUAUCUGACUGCCCUCUUGGGCCUUUGUGCCUCUGUUGAGGCCUUUACAAUGGGUUCCAAAUCUUCCAGUGUCUCGGAGGUGACUGGGCUCUCCAUGAGGAGCCCCUUCAUGAUGCCAGAAGAGAAUCCAGACGAACCUGACAAACCAACUCCCAGACAACCACCUCGUCCACCACCACUUCCCACCGUCGAUGGAAAAUCCGGUCAACUCGAUGUCGUCUCGCGACUGCUCAAAGAUCGAAUCCUAUUGCUGGGAACGGAAGUCAACGAUGAAGUCGCCAAUGUGCUCGUCGCACAGUUACUUUACCUCGCCAAUGAAGAACCCGAUAGAGACAUUACACUCUACAUCAACAGUCCCGGAGGUUCCGUCAGUGCCGGAUUGGCCAUUUACGAUACCAUGCAAUUCAUCCCCUGCGAUGUUCAGACCGUCUGCUUUGGCAUGGCCGCCAGUAUGGGCGCAUUCUUGUUGGGAGCCGGAAGUCCCGGCAAGCGCAAAUCCUUGCCCAAUGCCCGCAUCAUGAUUCAUCAACCUCUAGGAGGCGCGCAAGGACAAGCCGCCGAUAUCGAAAUUCAAGCCAAGGAAAUCUUGUUUGUCAAGGCAUCCUUGAAUCAAUUCAUGGCCGAUUACUGCGAUCAACCCAUUGAAAAGAUUGCCGCCGAUACGGACCGAGAUUUCUUCAUGACACCCUACGAAGCAUUGGAUUAUGGACUGAUUGAUGAAGUCAUCAAGACCAAGACCAGUCAUAUCCCACUCCCAGCCAUGCCUAGUUUGAGGAGUUAA